AUGCAGAAUAAGAAUUUGCUGGGGAAGAAUGACAGUAUUGAUUAAGCUCUAAAUGAGUAAAAUUAGAAUCUAUAAGGCUAUAUGAAUGAAAUAUAAAAUGGCGAAUCAAAUCUUGAUUCCUCAGCUAUUACCAAUACUGUAGCUUACUAAAUUGAGGAGAGGAGUUUGCAUUGUCCUUAAUUAGAAAAUAAUGUGCUGUUUCAAAAACUACGUCACAGACUAAGAAAAUUCUUUUACACUUAGGAGGAAUUUAGGAGAAAUGGUGGAGUGUCAAAAAAGCAAGAGGAAUCAGAUAGAAAGUUAGGAAUAAACUUCAGCUACAAAAUAUAGCUAAAUAAUGGGCUAAGAAAACUUCUAAGGUAGGUUGUGGUAACAAAGGACAGAAAACUGCAAUUAAACAAUCUAAGCAAAGUUUAUACCUGGUAUUUUGCGAAAUUAGAAGCCAUUGGAAUGGUAACCAGUGGAGAUAAGUAAGAUGAAGAAAUGACGCUAAACCCAGGGAGAUUAGAUGAAUAAGCCAAAGAAAAGUUGGAGAAGGAUUAGUGCAAGAGAUAGCAGUUACUGAAUUAGUCAAUCCUCUUAUAGAAAACAAAAAAGAUGUUUGAAGAUAAUGAGAGAUCUGAUCAUAAAGAUAUUAUGCCUGCCAAGUAUAGACUAACAGAUUACAAAAGAAAAAGCUUCGGUAAACUUUUUACUCAGUAAAGUUAGGAUAGACCAAUGAGUGGAGCUACAUCUAAUUUUGGAAAUGCUGAAGUGACAACAUAAGCCCAGUCAAAUUUUGAAGAAGAUGAAAGAUCGACUUACUCUCAUCCAUUCAAACUAUUCUAUACUUCAGGAGAGCCAGUUGUAUUUUAGAGUCAAAAUCGGUUUGAAGGUAAAUCGAAUUAUCAGAACUACUAUCCUACAACAGACAUAAUGGAGUAAAAACUUGAGAAGUUUUGGUUCUAUAAUUAAAAUAAAACUUUGUCUGAUAAAAGAAGGGAUGAAGAAAUUAAGCACCAGAUUAGAGAAUGGAGUGUGGCUAAAUCUAAAGUUGAAGAAGAAAUUUAAAGAAGAAAAGAACAUAAGGAGGAAGGUUCAAAUUUUUAAGCUAGAGCAUUUGUUAGAAGGAGUUGGAAAACUAAGAAUUUCAAUCCUAAUAAUAAUCCAUUACUGGAAGAUUCCUCAUCUGAUGAAGAAGAUGAGUUUGAUAGAGAGCCACUAGAGUUAAAGCAUGAUCAAACUGGUAGCCAAAAUAAUACCUUAUCUCCAUAAACAAAAUAAAAUCUAGCUGUGAAUGAGUAUAAUGAUAGUUAUUAAAUAAAGGAAGAGAAAGAUGAGGAUGAUGAUGACUUUUUAAAUGAUUAAUCAAAUGUAAUAUAAUCUCUAGAUAACUCUAAAAAUAUCUCAGAUCAAAGAAAUAGGGAAUCUAAAUUUAAUCCAAGAUUUAGACCAAUAAAAAGCACAAAUGAUAGGCAAAGGACUAAAUUUCAUGAUUUAACUUCAGAUUAAGUCAAGUAUGGUAUAAGGCCCUCAACAGCAGUUCAAAUAAAUUAACUUAGAUCAAUAACUGCCUUUAAUUAGUCGUUGCCUAAAAAUAAAUAAAACUAGUCCUUACCACUCAUCUAAUCAACCAAUGUUGGUGUUAUUAAUCAUAUUAAAAAGGACCACAAGACAGAUACAAUAGAAUUGAUACCUAAAUUUGGUCCUAUCGGUGUGAUAGAAGACUAUUUAGAUCCAAAACUUGGUCAAAAUAAGUAUUCACUAGAUGGUAAAACUAGAAAUAUGUCUGUAGAAUCAGCCAAAAAAAGAAUUGAAACUUUAAGAAAAUAUAGAGGAAACUUAAUUUAAGCCACUUAAGUAGUUGAUGAAAAUCAUCUUGACAAUGUAUUUAUGUCCUCUAGUAAGGGAUAAGAGACUUAUUCACUUUCUCUCUAUAAUAGAGCUUAGAAAUUUAUAAGGCCAUAAACAGCAGCUCAAUCUAAUAACUUUAUGAAAUCAAUUGAAAAGGCAUAAGGAGGGAAAGCGGAAGAUAUUGAUACUUCAAGAGAUUCAAAACUGCCAGAUUUUCAAGUUCCCAAAGGACUUGGCAUGCUAUCAAGAGCUGCUGUCGAUGGCUAUAGACUAUAGCAAAUGAAUGAAAUUGAGUUGAUCAAAGACAGGCUUGCAAAAGAUAACUGUCCAUAAAACAUGGUGGUAUUGGAGCGAGCUGUAUUAUUGCCAAAUGAUGUCGAAUAUACACCUGGUGAGAGAGUUUAUCCAACACCUGAGAUGGGACUAAUGAUAAAUCCAUUUCCAAAGGUAGUUAAAGGCAAAAAGAAGAAGAAGAGUAAGAAAUGA